AUCAUCAAGACUGCCUAGAGUAGCAUCUCACUUGCAAUAUUACUUCAAUUCGAACUCCUCAUCAAACUCUCUCAGCUCUUUCCAUCUCUUCCAACUCCUUCACAUACAUUCAAAAUGACAUCCCAACAAACCUUUCGCCAACGCGACGAUUUUAGUGUCAUUUCGGCCGAAACUGAUGAAGGGACAGCUGGCAGGGUGACUUAUCUCAGCAAAAAUUCUGAUGGUAGGCAAUUUGAAGCUGUAUCACCGCCAAACAGCCUUCACGCCCAAAAGCUUGCUGAAAUCGCGAUGCUCGUCCAGUCGAAUCCACGCCAAAGUAAAAGCCACAAGAAGGCGCUUCCUACGCUGGGACGCAGUAGCAGUAGACGAGUUGCUCAGAUUGCUCCUGUUGCUUAUCAACAAACACCACCUGGAGUUCAGCAGGUGUCUUCCGCUGCUGAUCCGAGAGUGGUUUAUGAUUCCACUACUUCACAAACAUCGGAAGUUGUGGGCAGUGGUCCAGCGCCUUUGAGUUCGCAGGCACAACAUCCAUAUGCAACUUACACUUCAGCACAGCCGUAUUCCCAGCCGCAAAGCGGACAGGAAAAUAGUUAUGAGCAACAACAGUAUCAGCAAUAUCAGGAACCAAAUCCGCUAUCGACUCAGUACACUGUUGCUCCACCACAAGGCCCAAGCUCUUAUGUUUCCGAUUUACACCAGGGGCCAGUACACCAGAAUCCGCAUUACCAGGCCCCUGAGGUGCAUCGAUACGCAACAGAGCAGCAAAUCGGAUAUAGUGUAAAGACAAGAGCUGGCGAAAUGAGAGUAAGCGCUCCUGUGGGUAGCAGGGAAGCGAUGGCCUUUGAUGGAUUGGUGGAAAAGGUGUCGUCCAAGAAGGAACACAGAGAUGACAAAGAAAGGAGAGCAGCAAAGCGAAGCUCCCAAAAAGAACACGAAAGGAAGAGUAGUGGGUGGGGGUGGUGAUGGUGAUGGUGAUGAAAGCUCAAAGUCUGAAUGGUCAACGAUAUUGAACCCACAAAGGAAUAGUUAGAUGUCAAUUUGUUCUAUCUUAAAUGAAUGUUGAUAUGAAAUGAACG